AUGGGAUCUCCAAGACCUCCAAAGCGAUCGCGUGCACAGUCAGUGUCUAGGGCUAAAGCCCCGUCAUCCGCAGAAGAAUGCGAGUUCGCUCGCCGAGUCAAGCAGACUUUCAGUCAGGUUGCUGACGAUGCGUUUGUCAUUGGACGCGAAGUCAAGACGUUACGGGACGCAACGGCAUCAGCGAUCACAGAUCCAUGGAAGGACGUGAAAGAGAGCGGAGUUUCUGGACGACUACCGAAGAAUGAAUGUGGCAAUUUCGCAAUGCCGUCAUGGGCAAUUCAUCCUGGGACAUGUCCGAAUGCUACAAAAGAUCCCUUACUGGAACAGGGUCAUCAGUUGGUCAACAUCGAUAGGAGCCAUCGUCAGCCGGUCUGA